CCAGAGAUUCUUUCUGUGCCUACUCUGACGGGGAAGGUUUCCUGAAUUACCGGAGGAGAAACCUGGGUUUGAGUCCUGACUUGUCACCAGCUUCCUGAGUGACCUGGGCUGGUCCCACCCCCUCUUGGAAUCUCCGUCUUCCACCUCUUCAGCGAAGGGGUUGAUUUAUAAGAUGUUUUCUGCUCUGACACUAUAAUUUGAAUUCUCUAUUUCCACGUGACAUUCGAGAAGUCUGGCCGGCAGGAUGGAAUCUGAAAUGACAGUGGCUCUGGACUGGGCUUUGUGCUCAGCCCAACUCAUCUUUGCCUGAGACCUAGGAGUGGCCCCUGGCUUUCCUGACGUGCCACCACCCUUGGCAUCUGCUCCUCUCCCUGCCCCCAUAUACCCAUGCUCCGAAGGGGAGUUCUCUUCCAUAGCAAAUCUGGGAGGUGCCGAGGAACCGGGCCCUUUGUUCCAGACCCAGAAGCAGCCAUGGGGAUCUGUGAUGUUGUGACUGAGGCCAAUGUCUCAUCUGACCCUGAGAGCAAUAUCACAGGCACCACAGCCUUCUCCAUGCCCAGCUGGCAGCUGGCACUGUGGGCCACAGCCUACCUAGCCCUGGUGCUGGUGGCCGUGACGGGCAAUGCCACGGUCAUCUGGAUCAUCCUGGCCCAUCGGAGGAUGCGCACGGUCACCAACUACUUCAUCGUCAACCUGGCUCUGGCCGACCUCUGCAUGGCUGCCUUCAACGCCACCUUCAACUUUGUCUAUGCCAGCCACAACAUCUGGUACUUUGGCCGCGCCUUCUGCUACUUCCAGAACCUCUUCCCCAUCACAGCCAUGUUUGUCAGCAUCUACUCCAUGACCGCCAUCGCCGCCGACAGGUACAUGGCCAUCGUCCACCCCUUCCAGCCUCGGCUCUCAGCCCCCAGCACCAAGGCGGUUAUUGCUGGCAUCUGGCUGGUGGCUCUUGCCCUGGCCUCCCCCCAGUGCUUCUACUCCACCAUCACCAUGGACCAGGGUGCCACCAAGUGCGUGGUGGCCUGGCCUGAAGACAGCAGGGGCAAGACACUACUCCUGUACCACCUCGUGGUGAUCGCCCUCAUCUACUUCCUGCCGCUGGCAGUGAUGUUCGUCGCCUACAGCGUCAUCGGCCUCACGCUCUGGAGGCGCCCAGUGCCGGGACAGCAGGCGCACGGUGCCAACCUGCGCCACCUGCAGGCCAAGAAGAAGUUCGUGAAGACCAUGGUGCUGGUGGUGGUGACGUUCGCCGUCUGCUGGCUGCCCUACCACCUCUACUUCCUCCUGGGCAGCUUCCAGGAGGACAUCUACUGCCACAAGUUCAUCCAGCAGGUCUACCUGGCACUCUUCUGGUUGGCCAUGAGCUCCACCAUGUACAAUCCCAUCAUCUACUGCUGCCUCAACCACAGGUUCCGCUCUGGAUUCCGGCUUGCCUUCCGCUGUUGCCCGUGGGUCACACCCACCGAAGAAGAUAAACUCGAGCUGACUCCCACGCCCUCCCUCUCCACGAGAGUCAACAGGUGUCACACUAAGGAGACUUUGUUCAUGGCUGGGGAUGCAGCCCCGUCCGAAGCUACCAAUGGGGAGGCGGGGCAUCCCCAAGAUGGAUCGGGGCUAUGGUAUGGGUAUGGUUUGCUCAUCCCCACCAAAACUCAUGUUGAAAUUUGAUCCCAAUGUGGCCCAGUUGGGAAGCAGGGGCUAGUGGGAGGUGUUUGGGUAUUAGGGGUGGAUCCCUUAUGAAUAGAUUAAUGCCCUUCAGCUGGAGUGAAUCCUCACUCUUGUGGGAAUGGACCAGUUCCCAAGAUAACAAGUUGUUAGAAA